GGUUCUAUGGGGACGGGGAGGACAUCACGGAAAAAACGUAGCAGCAGCACCACUAACCCCACGCCGAGAUUUCGUCUCUCCGCUGCGCUAAAAGUGCGCAACAGAAGCAGCCCACGGCUAUGUCCGGUGGGGCGUUAAAGUGCGGGGCGACCACUUGACAGGCCUGGGUGAGGUCUGAGCCGUUGCCGGGAGGGGAAAUACAUUUCUUCGUAUGGGAGCAGCAUGCGGGAAAUGGUUGGAGGUUGCUGCGUGUGUUCAGACGAGCGAGGCUGGGCUGAGAACCCCCUGGUUUACUGUGAUGGACACGGCUGCAGCGUCGCCGUUCACCAAGCAUGUUAUGGCAUUGUCCAGGUUCCCACCGGUCCGUGGUUCUGUCGGAAGUGUGAGUCACAGGAGAGAGCGGCACGCGUGAGGUGUGAGCUGUGUCCCCACAAAGAUGGUGCCCUCAAAAGGACAGACAGUGGAGGCUGGGCCCACGUUGUGUGCGCACUCUACAUCCCUGAGGUGCAGUUUGCCAACGUCCUCACCAUGGAGCCCAUCAUCCUGCAGUACGUCCCGCAUGAGAGAUACAUUAAGACCUGCUAUAUCUGUGAGGACCACGGGAGGGAGAGCAAGGCUGCCUGUGGAGCCUGCAUGACCUGCAACAGACAGGGCUGCAGACAAGCUUUCCACGUCACCUGUGCUCAGAUGGCAGGUCUGCUGUGUGAGGAGGAAGGCCCAGAAGCUGACAAUGUGAAAUAUUGUGGCUACUGCAAGCACCACUACAACAAAAUGCAGAAGAAGUUGCGCUCCAGUGAAAAUACAAGUAGCUCCUUCAGUCAUCCCAGGGUGUGCUCGAGCUCUCCACCCCAGGACAAACACCACCACCACAGACAGAGGAAGAGUCAUAAAGACAAGAUUCGGCAGAAAGAGCGCCACAAGAAGACCUCUGACAGCCUGGGCUCUUCAGUGACGAGCAGCAGUAUCGAAAAGAUAUCCUCCAGUCACCACAGCAGCAAGGACAGUGAGGGCAAGUCUAAGAAGCUGAGCUCACACAGUCACGGUCAUCGCAGUAAGAAGACAGGAAGCACCGGCAAGAGCGGCUCCUCCUCCUCCUGCUCCUCCAGUCCAUUCAACACAGGUGGCUCCCUGUCUUCCGCUCAGGACUUCCAUCAGUUCUCAUCAGCCUCCCGCUUGGAGCGGGACAAUGAUCAAGGUUGCGACGAGCACAGUGGUGAGGAGCGUAAGGAGCGCCACAGGAGGCCAGCAGUGCAGGAGGAGGAGGACGGUGAAAAGCAGGAGGGCAAAGAGGAGCAGCAGGAGGAGGAGGAGGAGGACAGUAAAUACCACAAGCCACCAGCUUUGACUCCUGCUGAUGGCCCACUGGCGGGGUCACAGGGUCACGACCGGUCGGAGGGCAACUCGAGCCCUUUCGAGAACAAGGUCACUAUUUCCACCUUUGGGUCCAUCAUGCGCAUCACAUCUUCAUCGGGGCUGGGCAGCAGUAGCAAGAUCCGGAAGAUCUCCUCCUCUGGGGACUACAAGCCCUCAAAGUCUCUUUGUAAACCGUCUCAACUGAGCACACCGCCUAUCCUGGAGGAGGCGGCCCUAGAGGACAAAGAGACACCUCCGGCGCUGCCCAGAGAGAGGAGGCACCGCGGCAACAAGAAGAGCAGCCACGGUCCAGGGCGGCCGCGGGGCAGCAAGAACCGAGAGAGGAGGGAAGAGGAGCAUCACCACCACCAUCACCACACAGCGCCUCCUCCUCUUCCUCCUCCGGCCUUAACCUCCUCACUCUACCCGAGCCCAUCCUCCAUCCCUCCCCCCGCCUUCCCCUCCACGCUGCCUCCCACCGCUGUCUCUUCUUCCUCUUCUUUCUCCUCCUCGUCUGCCGGCAGUUUUUCCACAAGCCGCGGCAACUCUCUGCUCAGCUCUGGUAUAUACUCCAGUCUCAAGGACCCUCUAACACUGGGCGGGGGUGUCUGCAGUACCCCUCUCUCUCUGGGUGGAGGGGUGUGUAGCCCCUCCUUGUCCCUGGGGGGGGGCAUGUGUAGCACCCCUCUCUCCUCAGGACUCCUCGCAUCUCACGUCUCCUCACUCUCACUUCCGUCCGUCAACGCUGUCUCAAACACACAGGUCCAGCCAGGUUCCAGCACCUCCUAUAGCUUGAGCUCCACUCAGCCGUUCUCCAGCUGUCUCUCCACAGCCCCCACUCUGCCGCCACUACUGACCCAAGCCCAGACCUCACUGCCAGAGUCCGACCUCGAUGACUGUCGCUUCCCGUGUCAGGGGAACUCGCCGAGAGAGAGUCUUUCUUCACAGUCUCCUAUGAGCUGUCUCCCUCUUCUGUUUGACCAGAGGGACGGGCUGGGGGCCGGAGUCAGAGCCCGUCCUGAGAACGUCCCUCCAGCCAGCUCCCACAUUGAGUUCCUGCUUGAGAAACACGGCAACGGAGAGAUGGGAGUCAACAUUGUGGAGAUGCUCCAGUCGCUCCACUCCCUGCAGCAGGAGAACCAGCAGCUCCAGGAUCAGAUCCUCAGCCUGACGGCCAAGAAGGAGCGUCUGCAGCUGCUCAACACGGAGCUGGCCGUAUCUUUCCCUCCACACAUUCACUCCACCCAUGGCUCCAUGCACACCUCUGCCCAGAUUCACUUCCUGUCCUCCACCCAAGACCACAUGAGCACCAAUAAGAGUCCCCUGUCCAAAAGCUGCUUCCUGAAUGACACUUCCUUUGUUACCUCGUCUGAGGAGCUCCACUCUGGUAGUCCGUCCCGCAGUAGCUCCUCCCUCUCCUUCCAGAGUACUCCUCCCCCUCAGCAGAGCCCCGCCUCCUUCGGCCAGCCCCUGCUGAACGGUCUGAGUCGAGGUUUGAGCGACGGCUUGGGGACCAUCAGUCAGACCGGCGGCUGCUCUCUGCCCGUGGUGGGUGGAUUCAUGUCGUCCCUGGCGGGAAGUCCUCAGCUGAAUAUAAACGGUCUUCUGGGCAGUCUGAACGGUGUGAUCCAGUCUCCUGUGCAGAACGCCCCCCAGCCCACGCUCCCUGCUUUGCGCCCCCAGCCUCCACCGCUCAACCCCCAGGCACAGGGCUUCCAGCUCCCCAAGAGCGUGAGCCCGUCUUCUCUCCUGUCAGAGCAGCAGAAGCAGCUUCUUCUCGAGCAGCAGCAGCAGCAGCAGCAGCAGCAGCUCCAGCAGUUCCUCUCCUCACAGAACUUCACUCCUGAGCAGCAGGUGAUGGUGUGCCAGAUGCUGCAGCAGCAGAGGCAGAGGGAGCUGCAGCGCCUCACGCUGACGGGAGCGCUCACCUCCAACCCAAACUCCCCCCUGAUCGCCCAGUCUCCUAACCUGCUGUCCGCAGCCUCACCCCUGCAGGGCGGCCAGGCAGGCAGCCUCUUCGGCCUGCAGGACAAUGCACUUCACAAGUCUGGGGCUGCAGGCGAGAAGGGUGGAGACAAGAACGGGUGAUGUUUGUUGAUUUUUACAGGAGCAGUUCAAAUGAAGAUAUUGAAGAACUGAGGUGACCUUCCUUGACUUCUGAACAUAUUUCCGUCUCCGUCAUCUUUCUCUUACACCCUCUUUUAUGAAUGUAUAACAGGAUGGACUUAAACGUCAAGAUGAAGUUUUUCGUGUUUUGGAAUUCUAUAUAUCAGAGGUUCUUCUCAUAGGUUUUUUUGUGUAGGCAGCUUUCAGAGAGCAUGAAUACAGUGUCUCUUGUUAAAUUGCACUAAUUAGUUAGCUAGACCAAUGGGGCUGCUGAUGAGGGCGGAGCCCGAGUUCCUGCUCCUCCCUGCAGGUGCUGUCUAGGCUUCUGGGUUGAAGUGUGAACUCUUUCCUGACUGCUCAUGAUUUCUCUCCACGGCUUGAGUUUCCAUUCAGUCAGUGAAAACCACAGACGCCUGCCACUUCUUGCAACCUCAACUGUCUUCCUUGAUAUUUUGUCUUCCCUUUGUGUUCACCCCCACCCAAAUGUUAUCCAGAUCUUCUAUAAGUUGCGGGCACUUAUUAUGUAAAAGGAUAAAUAUACUGUUGUUUCUCCGAUGUGCGGUUAGUGGCAUUUCAACAUUAAGCUAGUAAUUACCUCAGAUCUUUCUGCCACCUAUUUUCCAUUGUUGAGAUUUUGUGCUGACUCACUACCGCAAUAGCCUUCACUGGAUAAAAAUGCUCACCAAAAAUCUUGAUGUGGUAUUAACUCAAGUAAAAAUGUAAAAAUGGCACAGAACCCACGUGUCCAAAAUGGUCCACUAGAGAACGUUGAGCACCAGAUUUUAUUCAAAACCACCACGAGAGUUUCUAAAGACUUUUAUAUCUUUCCAGUUGCUAUUGAGAUUAAGCAGACAAAACCAAACAUUUGGAACUUGUAAGAAAUUAAUUGUUUUUCCUAAACAAUGUGCACUUUGCAUGUUAGUAGCUAACAGCAAAUUAGCCAACAACACAGUACCUUUAUUAAGGAUGUUCGGUACUUACUAGGCCACUAGCGACUGAUAGACUUUUGAUUUAUGUGAGUAUUUUGCACUCUUCUUCCUAAAAUGUCUGUUUUUCUUGUUACUUUCAUAAAUAUUUCUUUCAUAUUUCACCAACUAGUUGUUCUUUUAGCAAUACUGGAUAGAUGAUGCCUUAAUGAUGCUAGAUGUACAGAGAAAACCACAAGCCCAGAGGCUCCCUCUGUUGUCGUCUUUCUUUGAUAGUGUUUUUUAUCUGGGGUACAAGGAGGGGUUCAUUAGUAAAGUGAAAGCACUCUUCCUGAACCCAUUUAUACUUUUGAUAGCUGACUGAUGAGUUCAAAAGUUGAAAUGUGUGAAUAACCGUAUAGUGAGUAACUAAAGUGUCAAAUCAUUUUCUAUUGUAAUUUUUGUGUUCAGAUCCGAUGUUCUUUAGUUGUUUGUGCUUCAGAGAAGUGAGAAUCUGAGCGUAAAGCCUGCACAGUGGUGUCAUAGGAGACGGCUGGGGACGGCCAAGAUGUAAACUAUUAUUAAUGUGCCGUCUCAGCGGUGUGUGUGAUGAAUAGUGUAGCUGUUAUCAGACUUAAGCCAAUGUAGAGAUAAGCUUGUCUUCCCUUCCACUCCACUUUAUCAUAUGACGCCUCAGUUUGGCUCACUUUACUAACAAAGGCUACUCACAAAGUAAGGGACUGUUUAAUCAUAUGUUCUCCUGUGUUCUUUAACAAUAUUGUCAUAGGACUUUUUAAAAUAUUUUCUCACUUCUGUUUGCAAUCUUGAACAUGAUCUCCCAUACAUGUGAUAUCUUGAGUGCUAGAUUCUUUUGUUAGCAGCUAAUGUAGACUUCAGAAAGGAACUCCAAGCAGCUCACUGGUCUGUGAUAAAUACUGUAGCAAUGACAGGAGGAGAAUGUUGGUUAUGUUGAUGAAGACAUGAGCCAACGCAUUGACAUGACUCCAAAGUGGGAGGUCUGCAAUUUACUAAGUAUGUCCUUAUGAGUCUCCUCUCAGUGGAGGCAACGUCCAGACACACAAGCAUGUCCAAGAGAUUGACUGAAGAGAGGUGUGAAGGAUUUCUGAAGCUGUUUCUUUCUCAUGUUGCACUGGGGCGCUUUGAGCCCAAUUGUAAAUCGUUUUUUAGUACCUUUUUCAAUUUUGUUGGAAUACGAGUUGUAUACUUUAAUAUGUUUGUGUUAAAACGCAUUCAUUCUUUUAAGCUUUGAAGUUUGGAUAACCAAGAUAAUCCUUGUUCUAAAUGUCGUACUGUGUAUAUUUUAUGUAUUACAACAUUUAAGCACUUGGCUCUGAAUGAGGUUCGAUGGAGAGCGUGUUACCUAUCGGGAUAUGAAUUGCAUGAAAUGCAGUGACGUCUCUGAAAUGUGUUGCUAAAUACCAAGUAAUAACUAUGCAUCAUUUUAAAUGCAUUGUUCCCUGAAAAGAAAAUAAAUUAAUUGAAAUGAGCACUGAAUUUUAAAAAGGACAAGCAUGUUGUCAUUGUACAGUGUAAUUGUUUGAGAGAAUUGAUCGAAACAAAUUUGACAAUAUUCAGAUUAAAAGCCCUGUAAAGUAUUUUGAUAUUUUUGUGUGUAAAAUUAAAAGGACGGAUUAAGACAACUUUUUUUUGUCAAUAAAUGUAUUUUACUGAGUUGUUUUACAUUU